AUGGCCUCCACAGCAGAAGCAGUUGCAAUCAUUCCUAUUGCUGGACCACCAAUCCUCACGAGAAAGCUUCCGAAGAACAAAGUGGGCAGACCACGCUUCUCCAUGCUCUUUGGCACUGUCAUUAAUAGUCCACAGCUCAAGCGAGGAGACAGUGCAAGUAGUGCCACGAGUGCCUACACCACUGCCAGCGAAGCCACUUCCGCCUCGACAUCAGUCUUAGAAUCCGUCGAGAGUGCUGCAACAUCACCUACCAUCACACCCGCCGUCGACUCAGAGACUUGCCCUCCCCUGGAAGAAGCCGACAGCACGCCCACCCCUCCAGCAGCAGACCAAGUCCCCGAAAUCUGCCCUACCUGCAAAGCCAGAACUCUCAGCUCACACUCCGUCCCAGUCCUCCAAAUGAAAUCCACAACACCCUCAACCUCCCCCAAACCCCAAGCCGCCGCACCACUCAGCCCCACCCCACCAGAAACAGAAAUCGACAAGAUCACUCCUGUAACAUCCCCCACCUCAACCACAGCCUCCCCGGAACACGGCAAUGGCCAUGGCCCCGAGAUCAACGACAAAGCCACCAAAAAACAUCCCCGACCCAAGCUCCAGCGCAACUUAUCUUCCCUCUGGAAACUUCUGGACCCGCCGGAUUUGAGGAACAAGACGGGUGUGCUGCACAAUCUCGUCGAGCAGGACGUCAUGGCUGAGAAGCAUCAGAGGAAAGGCCAAGGCUCGCAUGCGCGGAACAAGGAGAGUGUGGAUUCGAUUACUUUGAAUGAGACUUUGGCGCAUAAGGCUUACAGACGGUAA